UGGUAACUUUGUAAUCAAAGUGUAUUUUACUCCAACGACGUGUACGAAUUGUUUAUAGGUUAUAAUUUAUUUAUGAACCAUAAACAAAUUUCAAGGUGCAGAUUACUAUAAUUUUUGAUAUCUCUCUCUUUCCUUGAUAAUAUUUUUAAAAGAUGAAGGAAAUUCCUCUCUCAAACUGUGAACGAAAUUUUAUAAACAAAUGUAUAGAGGAGGAAACGAGAUUAGACGGCCGAAAAUUAUUAGAACCACGUUCAGUAAAAAUCUACUUUAGCUCCAAUUGGGGAUGUUGUAUGGUGUCUCUUGGACAUACAAAAGCCAUAGCACAAGUAUCAUGUGAUAUACAACAGCCAAAAACAUCUCGUCCUAAUGAAGGCAUGAUACGCAUAAAUGUUGAGCUUGCUCCUUUAGCAGCACAACAUUUUGAAGGAGGUAGACAGUCUGAAGCAGCUAUACUAAUCAGUAGGCAGCUGGAGAAAUGUUUUAAAGAUUCAAAAUGUGUGGAUUUAGAAUCUCUCUGUAUAGUAGCAGACAAGAAGGUAUGGAAUUUGAGAAUUGACGUUAAUAUCAUAAAUCAUGAUGGGAAUCUUGUGGAUUGUGCUUCAAUAGCAACACUCGCUGCUCUUAUGCAUUUUCAUAGGCCAGACGUCACGUCUACCGGAGAGGAAAUUAUCAUACAUCCGGCUUCCGAGAAAGAUUUUCUACCAUUGACAUUGUUCCACUACCCGGUCUGCAUAUCUUUUAUAACUUUUAAGAGUGGCAACACUAUAAUGGAUCCCACUUAUGUAGAAGAAAAAGUUGGCGUCGCUGAACUUAGUCUUGGCGUGAACUCUUACAGAGAACUUUGUAGCUUGCAUUUCGAUUAUUUAACAAAAACUAUGACGGUCAAAGACGUCAUAUCCGCUGUUUCUAAUGACGCAGCUAAUUAUGCAACAAAAUUGGUGCAGCAGAUCAAGGAAGCAGUAAUCAAGGAUGUGCAGUCAAGAUAUAAAAAAGAUGACAGUAAUAUAUCUAGAUUUAAAGAAAGCAUACAAGUGAAUAAGUUAACGACAACGAUUGGCGAUCACAUUAACAUUAAAUUACACAAAUGGGACGCAACAGCUAUAGUCGAAGAUGAUUUUAUGGAAGUGGAAAAUGAGGAAAAGAGUCGUAUUAUAAAAUAUGAAGAAGGAUCUGCUGAAUUAAUAUCCAUUCCCAUUAAUUCAAUUACGAAAGAAGAAAUUUUUAAUAUAUUUAAUUCUGAUUCGGACGAUGAAAUUCUCGUCAAAUCACCAUCUUCGGAAAAAAAAGAAAUAGACUUAAUAGACUUAAUAGAUAGCGACUAGACUUAAAAAUAUAUAAUUUU